AUGGCUGAAAUAGGUGAAAAACCUCCUUCCACAGUUGAAGUUUGGGAUGAGCUUCCCAAUUUGCAUCACAGUCGGCAACCUGCCCAUGUUGAAGAGACAACCCGAGACGACCAUCCCAGGAAUGGUGCCAUCCUCUUAGACGUUGGCGCCAAAUGCGAUGCAGAGGGAUUCCAGCGAACGAUUAGGCUGGCAAAAGAUGGACAUACAGUUUUGGUUCCGCAGCCGUCCGACGACGCACAAGAUCCCCUCAACUGGCCCAAUUCGAAGAAACAGUGCAUGCUCAUCACUCUUGCUGUUGCAGCCUUCAUGGCAGAUUUCCAAGCCACAUCGGGUGUUCCAUGUUUGAUACCCCAGGCAGCAGAGUGGCACAUCACCCCGAAUCAGGUGAACUACUCGGGAAACUUGAAUAUCAUCAUGGCUGGUAUCGGUGGCAUCCUGGGCAUUCCCGCCCUCUAUUUUUGGGGCCGCGCACCGGUUGCCUUUUGGUCGAUUCUGAUAAGCACAUUUUUGCAGAUAGGAUGUGCCCGUGCACAAUCCUUUGACACCUUCUAUGCCCUUCGAGCACUCGUUGGCCUGACAUGUCAACCCGCACUUACAGCCGGUCUAGCCUUCAUUCAGGACAUGUUUUUCUUCCACGAACACGCCCGCAAAAUUGGCGUUUGGGCGGCUAUAUUCCUCUUUGCACCCUACUUCGGCCCACUCUUCGGAAAUUUUAUUGUUGCUCAGACGGGGAGCUGGAGGAUCGUCCAGUAG